AUGACAAUCCCAGGGUCUGGAGGACCUAAAUUCUGGUCUCGCAUAAGAACACCCCGAUCCAAACCCACCGAGCAAUCCAGCUCCAACUCAUCGGCUUUCGCCCUAGACCCAGACACGCUAGGCGAGUUUGUCCAGUCCAAAAAUCUCCGAGAGAUCCAGGCUCUCGGGGUGAGGGGGCUGGAAGAUGCCCUGCAGACCGAUGUCCACUCUGGCCUGAGUCUCGACGAAGCCCAUCUGGAUUCGGUGGUGGUGUCAACAAGUGCAGAGUCCACCGAAAAAGUCACAACCCCUGAGAACCCUCUGUCGGCUGAAUUCCACCAUGAUGCCUUCGUCGACAGGAGGAAGUACUUCGGAGACAAUCGAUUACCCAGCAAACCGCCACCGAGCUUCCUGUCGUUGAUGUGGGCAGCCUACAACGACCACGUUCUAUUCCUUUUGACAGGUGCCGCGAUCAUCUCGCUCGCCCUGGGUCUGUAUCAGACAUUCGGUACCAAGCAUUCUGCCGACAAUCCCCCAGUCGAAUGGGUGGAGGGUGUAUCGAUUCUCGUCGCCAUCGUUGUGAUCACUCUCGCGGGCGCAGCCAAUGAUUAUCAGAAGGAGUUCAAGUUUCGGAAACUCAACAAGAAGCAGCAAGAUCGCAAUGUGUGGGUACUUCGAUCUGGAAGAACUCAAGAGGUCGCGAUCGCAGAUGUCGUGGUCGGAGAUAUUGUCCACAUCAACCCCGGCGAUAUUGUACCUGCGGAUGGAAUCCUGAUCAGUGGUCACCAGGUCAAAGUGGACGAGUCGGCAGCAACUGGCGAAUCUGAUCCCGUCGAUAAAUAUUCUAUCGAAAUUGUCCACGAUGGCUCUGAGCACAACCCUUUCAUCCUCUCGCAUACCAAAGUCGUGGAAGGUGUCGGUGUUUACCUUGUUUUGGCUACAGGCACUAGAUCCACUUAUGGAAGAGUCCUCUUGUCCCUUGACACAGAGCCGGGCUUUACACCUCUUCAGGUGAGACUCAGCUCGUUGGCUAAGAACAUUGCUCGGUUCGGUGCACUUGCGGCACUUGUGCUGUUUGUGAUAUUGUUUAUUAAAUUCUGCGUUAGCCUUCGCAACAGUACCGAGUCUGCUUCGGAGAAGGGUCAAUCGUUCUUGAAUGUGUUCAUUCUCGCUUUGACAGUCGUUGUGAUCGCUGUUCCGGAGGGGCUGCCGCUGGCAGUCACUCUGGCUUUGUCAUUUGCGACCACACGCAUGAUGCGUGAUAACAAUUUAGUGCGACAGCUCCGUGCGUGUGAGACUAUGGGACAGGCCACAGAUAUCUGUUCAGACAAGACUGGCACUCUGACACAGAAUGAGAUGACCGUUGUAUCUUGUUUCUUCGGUGUCGAGUCGAUCACUGGUCGGACAGAUCCCAACACUCCGGAUAUGGAGCAUUCUUCUCAUUCUCGUGUGGCUGCUGAGGUUGGUUGUCUUACUGCCCAGUCUAUCUCAGACCUUAGGCAAUCCAUUGCCAUCAACUCAAAUGCCAUUGAGAGUCAGGAGGGUGACGGUCGACAAUUUUUGGGCUCUCAGACAGAAGCUGGGCUUUUGAGAUUUGCACAGGAUCAUCUUGGACUUGGUCAGUUGGACUAUGAGCGAUCCAAUGUGGAGGUCGUGGAUCUGCUUCCAUUUGACGCAUCUCGCAAAUACAUGAUCACCAUCAUCAAAUUGCCCAGUGGGUCAUAUCGGUCUUACAUAAAAGGUGCUCCGGAAAACCUUCUCCAAAAAUGUACCGUUAUGCCAGCCCGGCAAGGGGAGGAGACUCGGCACACUUCAGCCACCACUCAUGCUAUCGAAGCACUUCACGCGAAGAUUUCAGAAUACGGCUCGCGAUCCCUGCGUGCAAUCGCCAUUUGCCUCCGUGAUUUAGAAGUGUUGCCCUUGAAAGAGGAUGGUGAAAGUGUUGACUUUGAGCAAGUCAUGCAAAAUUUGACAUUCCAAGGCAUCCUUGGUCUACAAGAUCCUCUUCGCAGUGAUGCGUGGAGUGCUGUCGACACGAGUCACAAAGCGGGACUUACCGUUCGAAUGGUAACCGGAGACAAUCAUCUGACUGCCCGGGCGAUUGCCGAGGAAUGUGGGAUUAUCAGUAACUCCGAUGACAUAGUGAUGGAAGGAGACGAAUUCCGUGCACUGGAUGAAACACAGCAGAAAGAGAUCGUGUUACGCCUCAAGGUUCUGGCUCGAUCCCGCCCAGAUGACAAGCGUGUUUUAGUUCAGCGACUCAAAGAUCUCGGCAGGGUUGUCGCUGUCACGGGUGAUGGAACGAACGAUGCCCCUGCCCUCGCAGCUGCGGAUAUCGGGUUCUCGAUGGGAAUCUCUGGCACUGAGAUUGCGCGCGAGGCUUCUUCGAUUGUCUUGAUGGACGAUACAUUCUCUUCUAUCGUCAAAGCGAUCAUGUGGGGCAGAGCUGUCAGUGACGCCGUGAAGAAGUUCUUGCAGUUCCAAAUCACCAUCACAUUCACUUCUGUUGGGCUGGCAUUUGUUUCAGCAGUAGCAGACUCGUCGCAGGAAUCGGUUCUUACCCCCGUGCAGCUGAUGUGGGUCAACUUGUUCCAGGAUACUCUUGCUGCCCUGGCUUUGGCUACCGACCCCCCUCCUCGACGCAUUCUUGACCGGAAACCUGAGCCAAAGUCUACGCCUUUGAUCACUCCAACUAUGUGGAAGAUGAUAAUAGGCCAAUCUAUCUAUCAGAUGGUUGUGACGCUCGUGCUUUACUUUGCCGGUUCUUCGAUAUUUUCCUACCACAGUGCUCACCAGGAAUCCCAAUUGCAGACCGCAGUGUUCAACACUUAUGUGUGGAUGCAAAUCUUCAACAUGUAUAACAACCGACAGAUCGAGAGAUCCUUCAACCUCAUUGAAGGACUACAUCGCAACUGGCUGUUCAUCGCAAUCACCUCCAUUAUGAUGGGUGCUCAGAUUCUAAUCAUGUUUGUUGGCGGGCGCGCAUUUUCAAUUACUACAUUGACCGGCGAUCAGUGGGCUUAUUCACUGGUCCUUGGCGCAAUUUCCAUUCCCGUGGGCUUCAUCCUACAGGCCGUCCCUGAUGUCAUUGUUGAAAAACCAAUGGUGGCAAUGGGCGCACUUUGGAACAAAUUGCGUCGCCGAUCAUAA